UUCUUAAAAAGAAUAUAUUAUUUUUACAAAAUUUUUAAGGUGCAGUAUUCGGGUUGUUUUACUCUGAAAUUAUUUUCAAUAUGGCAGCCUGGGAAAACGACGAAGAAAUAAUGCGGUUCCGGGAAUAUUUAAAAAUACCAAGCGUACAACCAGAUGUGGAUUAUAGUGCCUGCGUAGAGUUCUUGACAGCGCAAGCGAGGUUAAUGAAUUUGCCGGUUGUAGUACAUGAGAUAGUGCCGAAGAAACCAGUAGUUGUUGUCACGCUCCAGGGCCUUCAACCAGAUCUACCAUCGAUUUUGCUCAAUUCUCAUAUGGAUGUCGUGCCUGUUAACGAAGAGUUGUGGACUUAUCCCCCGUUCGAGGCGAAACUCACUGACGAUGGAUUCAUAUACGCCCGCGGAUCUCAAGACAUGAAGAGCACCGGCAUGAUAUACCUGGAAGCUAUCAGUAGAUUUAAUAAGUCUGGUAAACGUUUGAAAAGAACAACACACGUCAGUUUUGUACCUGACGAAGAAAUCGGCAGUACAUACGGCAUGAAAGCGUUCUCCGAGUCGCAGGAAUUUAAGAACCUGAACGUGGGCUUUGGAAUGGACGAGAGCGCGCCCAGCCCAGAACCAGACGAGCUAAUUGUAUUCAACGGUGAACGUACUUCGAGACAGGUUAAAGUGACAUGCAAAGGGGAACCAGGACACGGCGCCCUCCUUGACAUUGAUAACGCCGGUGAAAAAUUUUAUACGAUACUGAGCAAGUUUAUGAGUCUGCGUGCUGAAGAAAAACGUAAAACGCUUCCCCCUAUUAAUACAUUCAUAGGCGACGUAACUACAAUCAACUUAACUCAAGUCGAGGGAGGAGUUAUGGUUAAUGUUUUACCUGAAGUACUGAGCGCCACGUUCGACGUGAGGAUAGCACCUGACGUAGAUCUGGAUGAGUUUGGAAAUAUGAUAGAAGCCUGGUGCAAAGAGGCCGGCGAGGGUGUCACCUUCGAAUAUCUUGUGAAAAAUCCACAAGUUUACAGCACGAAAACCGAUGGAAGUGUACCAUUCUGGAAUAGUCUGGUCGAAGUUAUCAAAAAGAUGGGUUUGAAAUUGAAAUGUGUGACAUGUCCGGGAGCCACCGAUGCCCGUUUCGUUCGACUACACAACAUCCCGGUAAUCAAUUUCACACCGAUACUGAACACUCCGCUGUAUGUCCACGCGCACAACGAGAGGGUUCAUGCGGACAUGUACAAGAAAGGUAUUGACAUCAUGGAGAAAGUUUUAGAAGCACUGGCCAAUGUUUAAACAUUUACACGGAGCCCUACUGGGCUUUCUAUACUAUCUGGGAUUAAUAAAUGAAAUAUGUUAGUUGAUUUAUUAAUCCAAAAUUCAAAUAAAGAAUAGUCGAUCUUUUUAAU